AUGACUGUUACUGGAGUGCUUUCUGCCGAUGUAGCUCAAGGUACCUAUGUUCCACCGUUCAAGUAUGUGACCUCGUAUGCUCAGAGUCCAGAGGUGACGGGUUCCGUCAAUCCGACGGUGACAGCCUCAUCUAAUGCAGCGUACGCGACAGCUUAUCUCCAAGCCCACAUGAUGAGCUGGCCUUCAUACCGAUAUGCUUAUCUCUUGUGGUUCGUCUUGAUCGCUUUGGCUGGUGUCUAUGCACUCUCACAUCACCUGAGGCUGUCGGGUGGAUCUGUCGGAGCUGCUUUCAAGAAAUGGGGAAUCAGGAGAAAACCUGUUGGGAGGAGGAAAUCAGGAGGAGCAAGAGGAAUGGCUUUACCAAGUAAUUCAGCCCUGAUGUCAAUCGGGAUAAUAACAAUCAUCUCUUGCGUUCUCGUUGUUAUUGGUUCAGAUUAUAUCAAACCCUCUUCAUCAACAUUCAACUUUUCAAGCUCAUUCAGGAAAAGGGCAUCUUCAAUACCUUAUUCAAUCAGCAAAUCAUGGUGGACCAGUGGAUCGAGAUUUGGAUUCACAGCUUUUGCGUUAAUGCCUUUGACUGUUCUAUUUGCUUUGAAAGCUCCUCCAAUUGCGAUCUUUGCUCUUCGGGCAUUCACGCAUAUAUAUUCAGAUAAAUUGGCUUUAUUUCACAGAGCAACAGCUUGGAUAGUAUGGGGAUUCACAACUAUACAUGUGGCUUUAUGGACCGUACAGCUAUUCCAAGAUCAACAGAAAGGAAGAGCAGUCUGGUUUCUGAUCUGGAAUAGUUAUAGAUUCAUCUUUGGAUGUGUAGCCUAUGCCGCAAUGACGGCCGUAAUGGUUCUGAGCUUGAAACCAGUUAGAAAGAACUCUUACGAGGUGAGUUCACAAACUAUAAGAAGCGUUGCUGAAUGGUCUAGUUCUUCUAUAUCGCCCAUGUCACCUGUUCUUUUCUCACCAUCAUUCGUUAGAUUGGCAAAGAUCAAUGGGAUGUUCGGGAAAAAACGAGGUAGUUAUGAUGCCUUAGCAGGCAAGCCGUAUAAGGAUUCAACUCAAACUUAUGGAAUGCAAGAUCUCAAGCGAAGUAGCGAUUAUGAAAAACCUUAUACCGAUAAAACACUCCCUCAACCACCCCCUCAACAAGAUCAAUCUUACGAAACCAAUGAUUUUGGAAGAACGACAAAUCGUGGAUAUUAUGAUGAAGGCUCUUUACAACCUUUAGGAGCUUAUGAGUCACGUUAUGAUCCACCUAUACAUCAGAGAAGCGAAUCUACUGCUACCAUGCUACCAAUGCCUCGCAGCGAUUCUGCAACAAGUAUGCAUCUACCCCGUUCAAGUUCAAUGACGACAAUGGGAAAUCCAUCACAAACACCAGCUCUCCCUUCUUUCAUUCCUGUGCCGAUACCUGUUGGCUAUGCUCAAGCUCAAUUGUUGCCAUCUCGGACCGUACGAUUAACCAUCAAUGUUCCCCGCCCUUUCAAGUGGUCACCAGGUCAAAGUGUUUUACUAUACCUUCCCGAAAUAUCUCGCUUCCAAUCACAUCCAUUUACGAUCACCAAUAAUGACUCAAAUGAGAUUAUUCUCUUAGUCAAAGCAAGAAAAGGUCUGACUAAGCAGUUGUUCGAUUUAGUACGCACAAGGUCACUCGCUGCCAUGGGUAUAAACAACGUUGCCGACAAGAGAGUGUCAUUAAGAUCGAUGCAAUCUACCAAUAACGCUACCGGUUUACAAGUCCCGCCAAUCUUCCUCAAAGCCUGGGUGGACGGGCCUAUGGGCUCUUCGGGCAGAGUGAAAUGGAAGAAUUACUCAACAGUCUUGAUUAUUUGUGGUGGAUCGGGUGUCAGUUUUGGUGCCUCUAUUUGUGAAUACAUCUGUAGAAGAAUGAAGAAUAGCUUAGGGAAAACCCAAAGAGUUAGGUUUUGUUGGGUGGUAAGGGAAUAUGCUGAGAUAGCAUGGAUUGCUGGUCAACUUCGAAGAUGUCAAGAUAUGGUGGAUCCCACAAGAUUUGAGAUUAGUAUAUUCGUUACCAAUUCGCACCAACCGCGGAACAACGACGAGUUGGCACCACCGAGACCUGGUUUCGCGCAAGGUACUGCACAUCAAAGAAGAGGAUCGACAGAUUCCGUUACUAGUCAAAUGAGUAUUGAUGGGGAUCCAAAUCAACCAAUGGAUUAUGAUGAUACUGUUGAUGGCCACCUAUCAUCCAACUACGCCGAUAUCAUUGAUCUAACAAACUACGAAGAUGAAGAAGAUGUCAAUGAUCCAGCCGAAAAUCAGUUAUCUCAAACACUGAAUAAGCAAGGUAAAGUGUUACGAGCGAAAUCACGGAAAGCUCAAAGAAGGACAAGAGGUUCGAUAGAACCUUCAAAUUCACCACUAUAUCCUCCCAAUCGAAAUCAGCAACAAACAGCCUACGACAAUCCCCACUCUCGUUUCUCGGCGUCAUACGAUGAUCCGCCCAGACAACUCUCGGCGUAUGAUGAUUACUCUCAGCGACUAUCAUCUUCGUCCUAUGAUGAACACAAUCCUCCAAAACGACCAUCAGCAUACGAGGAUCGUUUCUCUGGACAUUCGCAGGCGAGCAGUCUACACGCUCCGCAACCUCAUCCAGCUUCAGCACCCAUGUUGGCAAACUCAAGUUCCAACCAUCAGCUGAACUAUGAUAGGAGACAAUCUUAUAGAUCAUACGCUGACUCCACUUAUGAUCAAUAUAAUCCCUUCGGAGGCGGAGGUGGAUAUUCGAUGGGACCUUCACCAUCUCCGUCUAUCAUGAAUUUCGACGACGGAGCUUCGACAGCAGGUGAAUCAGUGAGGGAUUUAUUGUCCAGAGCUUCUCGUACACAAAGUAUGGUUUUACUGGAAGAGUUCUCUUCCUCAUCACAUGAUCCAAAUCAUACAAAAGCAAUCUCGUCAGAUGGAGGUUUAUGGAUAGAUGAAUCCGAUUAUGCGGCCAUGAAGAUUCUUACUGAAAAAGCUAAAAACGGGAAACCGAAACUAUCAUCCGUGAUUGAGGAAGAAGUAGUUCAAGCUAAAGGCAAUAUGAUUGUCGCAACUUGUGGACCGGUCACUCUGAAUACAGUGAUCAGAAAUUUAGUUUCUAAGCAUAUUUCACCGUCAAAGAUACGGAGAGGAGAUGAGAGAGGUCAGAUUGAUAUAUACACUGAAGACUACGAGGCUUAA